GUUUGCUUGGACUUAGAACCUCAGAGCUGACAACACUGCAGGAAGAGUAUAUAACAAAGUGACCCAUGAGCCCGGGGAUACUACAGAAGAGAUUAUCUAUUCCUAGACUAUUGCCAAGGUCACCAGUUGAGUGAGAUCAUGAGAACGCAACUUCUAGCCAUUUCCCUCAUUCUGCUGCUCAUCAGCACAGGAAUUGAGAGUUACAGGAUACAAAAGCGGGAGACUUCUACAUACUUGUCUCAAGCGUCAGACGUGUUGAAUUCAGCCUGGGAACAAGUCAGGGGGAAAACCCAAGAACUGAUUGAGAAGGCCAAGUCCACAGGAGUGGAGGACAAAAUAAAGGAAUAUUAUGACAAAGGUACAUCUGCUGUCUCAACCUACUUCAACGUCCUAUCUGACCAGGCCUACCACUGGUGGCAUGGAAACUGAGAACCUGACCUACGUAGGUUUGGAUGAAUAAUGUAUUACAAUAUAACAUCAAUUAAUUAAACAACAAAAGGUGAAAACUUUCGUCACAUUCCAAAGCACUGUUCUUUUAAAUGUUUUUUUAAAGUUUUUUUUUUUUUGCUAUAAAAUACCACCUUCUAGUAAAUCAU